GGCUUCUCCCUAUUUCUUUUACCCCAGCCUUAGAUCCCUUGCUCUAAUACAGGCUGAAAGAGGUGGGCAGGAAGUUUACUGCAGGCAUGCAGCCAAGAUGUUUUGAUUUCCAUCUUUCCUGUAUAGUUUUCAGCUAUGAAGACCCCAUUUGGAAAGGUGGUUGCAGGGCAGCCGUCUAGGACAGACACAAAACGUACCAGUGUGUCUGUUACCAUGAUGAAGAGAAAAGCUGCCCACAAGAAGCGUAGGAGCAGGCACACCUCCCAGCAUCAGAGGAGCAUCGUGGGCUGCAGAAGUCGGCAAGGAUGGAAAGAUGGAGAUGCAUCUCUAACACAGUGGAAAGGAACCAUUCUGGAUCAGGUACCUGUAAAUCCCUCUUUGUAUCUUUUCAAAUAUGAUGGAUUUGACUGUGUUUAUGGAUUGGAACUUCACAGAGAUAAAAGAGUGUCCUUACUUGAAGUCUUCUGUAAUACAGUUGUAUCGUCUAGAAUCAGUGAUACACACUUAGCAGAAAUUAUGAUUGGCAAAGCAGUAGAACAUAUUUUUAAGACAGAGGAAGGUUCCAAAAAUGAAUUGAGGGGGAUGGUCUUAGCUCAGGCACCUGUCAUGAACACAUGGUUUUAUAUUACUUAUGAGAAAGAUCCUGUAUUAUAUAUGUACCAGCUCUUAGAUGAUUAUAAAGAUGGUGACCUACGCAUCCUUCGAGAUUCCAAUGAUUCUCCUCCUGCAGAUAGAGAACAAGGAGAAGUUGUGGACAGUCUAGCAGGCAAUGUAGAAUAUGCCAAAGAUGAUGGCUCCAAGAGAACUGGCAUGAUCAUUCAACAAGUAGAAACAAAACCCUCUGUGUACUUCAUCAAAUUUGAUGAUGAUUUCCAUAUCUAUGUCUAUGAUUUGGUAAAAACAUGUUAAGGAUCAUCUUGAAAUUUGCCAAAAUGUGAGACUUCGUAAAAUCUGUACACACAAAAGGUCUUGAUUGGUUUCUAAUUUUUAAGAACAGUCUUCUCCCUUUUUGCAUGCUU